UAAUAAAUGAAGCUUUAUUGUUCAAUGUUUUGUGAUGCAAGUGGAAUGGAAUGAUGAAUUUCACCUGAUAGAUUUGAAAAUUAAUUUGUUGAUUGUUACUUCUAUUUCAAGAUGGAUUCUCAGCCAAAUGUUAUUAAAGGUUUGAUUCUCACAGAGGCUUGAUUUUGAAGGCUUAAUUAGAACUUCUAUUCUAAUUAACAGUUCUUUUUAACUUCUAUUUAUACAUUACAAGCCAAAAAAUGCUUGUUUAUUUUGAAACUUAAACUAAUUCGUGCUUUCUCUGCUCGAUUUACAACUUGGGUUGGUCAAAUCUAUUUCGAUCUCUUUAACAAGGGCCUGUUUGGACAUUUCUCGAAUGAAAUUAGGAUUUUUUUUUUUUUUUGGAUUUUUUCAGAGGAAUCAAUGAUACAAAUCCACCUUAUCAUUUGGAUUGGGUCACAAAACAGGAAACACAUUGGGCAGACAACAUAUGGCUUGAACUCAUGGAUCAUGGGAGAAGUUUGUUAUAUCGUCCCCAGGUGUGGGAAGUGUAGGAAUUAUUUAAACUGCUCCAAUUUUAUCUUUGUUAACUAUAGUUUGUGUUGCAGGUUGUGGAAUGUGAGUUGUUGGUGGUCCGUGCAAGCGAAUUACCAUACGAGGGACAUGACCCAGUUGAGGCAGCCGCUGUUGAGGUACAAAACCUUCUCGUUUCUGGUAGAAGGAAAGAGGCUCUACGGUGUGCAUAAGAAGACCACAGCUGCAGCAAAAGAUCCUUGUCACGAGGAACUGACAUGUUGUGUGGUGACUCCUCAUGUGCCUUCGCUGCUUUUAAAAAUGUCUCUGCUGCUGCAGAUAAUUUUUGGGAUGCAAAUAAGCUUAGACAGACUGGAUUUGGGACUGUUUAUAAGAACUCAUGCAGUGCAGUUGUUAGAACAUCACACAACCCUGCAGCAAAAAGAUAUCCAUGGUCAUAUCGGCUCUUGUACCUAACGUAAACAUUUUUUCCUGGUAAUGGGUGAGUUGAUUGUUGACUCAGAUGGUGUUUUGGAUUGGUAGUCCAUUAUAGUUUUAGCCUUGUCAUUGGUGGAAGAUGUGGGACCCACCCAAUAAGUGAUAGGACCCUCUAUUUUUCUUGUAGGCACUCUAUUUUAGCCUCGAAUAAGAAGCUAAAAAAGGUGAGCUCUAUGGUUUUAGUGCACUAAAAUGAUUUUUGUUCUUUGCCAAUCUUUUAAUUUUAUUCAUUUAUAAUUUUAUUUCAUGUGUACUUGUGAGAAACCCACUGUGCAUACACAUGUAAUUGUAUUCAUGAAUAGGAUGGCUUAAACUUUUAGUUGUUUGGGUUAACCCCACUUCGGCCAUUUCCUCUUUAUUGAAUUGAGUUGUUACCAAUUAUGUGAAUAGGAUUCUUAUUAAACAAUC